AUGGAUUUCGAACCAGAAUUUCCCAUUCCAACUAGGAAGGAAAUGGAAACCAUAACAAACUACCUCGCCGUGGAACCAGAUUUCAUAGCCGCGGAAAACUUUUUCACAACCCGUCGCCACAUUCUUCUUCGCAAGCACGCCGUUUCAAUUAUCGCCAAGCUCUCGAGGAGUAUUGUUCCUGAUACUGAUGCAUUUAUUCCUUAUCUUGCUAUGAACUACUUCGAUCGUUUCCUUUCCAGACACAAAAUGAUUCUGAAGGAUGUGGAAGGUUUUAUGGAUUCUGCAAAAGUUCGUUUGAUUGCUAUCGCUUGUCUCACCUUAUCUGCCAAGAUGAGGACAGGAUACUUCUCAGUUAAUCAGCUUCUAGACAAGCUAUAUUUGGAAAUGGAUGUGAGUAUAUCUUAUCUGAAGGUAAUGAGAAUGGAGCUUAUGAUUCUUGAUGAACUUCAUUGGAAGAUGCGAUCUGUGACUGCUUUCUGCUUUCUGAACAACUAUAACGCUUACUUCAAACGAUUCGGUAGUUUUAAACGUCGUUGCAUUAAUGAGAUCAUAGUUCAAGCUCAAGGAGAGGUCGCCUUCAUUCACUACUUGCCUUCUCACAUUGCAUUGUCUGCUUUUCUGGCUGCUGCCAAAAUUGCAUAUCCCUCAAAGUUUAAGGAAAUUGCAAUACACAUUGAGAGCAAAAUUGACCUUCAAGGACAGGUGAAGGAAUGUGUGAAGAAGAUGGUUAAUCUUUGCUAUAGAUUGAACAUUGAGAUAGAGGCCCCCGGAUCAGAAAUUUGCACGGCUUCAAGCAAAGUCGUGGCGGUAUCUGAAGAGAAAACCAAAGAAGUUGGAACAUCAGAGAUAAAGGAAAUCCAACAAAGCAGCGGUGAGGGGGCAUUUGUGGUGGAUUCAUCUGAAGAAAAAGAAGAGACUCCUCUAAUCAGGCAAAGACGGGACAAGGGAAAGAUGGAGACUUCUCAUUUGCAGGAGGACGUGGAGGUGUUAUCUGAUAAAACAGAAGUGGCAGCAGAAGAAAUUGAGGUGGAAAAACGAAGAUUGUUCAAGGGCAAGGCAGUGGAUGUGACUGAAACAUGUGAUGAUGAUAAAGCCAGGGUUGAGGCUAUAAUUCAACGAGCAGUGGAAAAGGGUGCGGAGGCACAGGCACAACCACGGAUGGAGGGAUACAUAUCAGAGAUUAUAGAGCUUGCUGAUCAGCCAAAGAGGCAGAUGGACUUUGAGCUGAAGUGGCCCAUUGUUGUUCCAUCACUAGAAGAAGAAAUAGAAGACGCGCAGCCACAAGAGUCCACAACCAUAAGCCUUAAAAUACCUGGGACUAGAAGGAAUCUAAAUUUUGGCUGCGGUACCUGCAACGUCAGUUAG